GAGAUGCAGUGGAGUUGGUGAGGAGCUGGGAGAUUGCAGAUUCAUUGGGAACGGAAUCCUUUAUUCAACAUCAGCAGACGCUGAGAAUCCCAGGAAGAGAGAGAGAGAGGUUUUCCCACCGAGAGACCUGUUGGAUCUGCAGCCGGGGCUGAACCAUGUUAGAGAUGGUGCUGUCAGUGCUGCUGCUGCUAAUGUCUUACCUCGGAACCCAGUCAGCACCAGCCCCCAGUGAGGAGACAGUACUGGGCAUUGAAUGGUUGACUAAGUUUGGCUACCUGGCUCCACUGGGUCCUGCUACUGAUCAACGUCAAACCCAAGAAGCAUUAACUAAGGCCAUUAAAGCCAUGCAGAGGUUUGGAGGCCUGGAAAUUAAUGGACUAUUAGAUCAAGCCACCGUGACACUAAUGAAGACACCUCGCUGCUCACUGCCUGAUAUUGUGGAACCAGAAAGUAUCAGGAGGAAAAGAUCUCUUCAACUCGGGACUAAAUGGAAUAAAAGAAAUAUAUCCUGGAGAGUCCGAACGUUUCCAACGGACAGCCGGUUAGGACAUGACACCAUUCGUGCUCUGAUGUAUUAUGCUCUGAAGGUCUGGAGUGACAUUGCACCACUCAAUUUCCAUGAGGUGGCGGGAGACAAUGCAGACAUUCUGAUCGACUUCACAAAGUCACAACACAAUGACCAGUACCCCUUCGAUGGACCAGGGGGCUCCGUGGCUCACGCAUUCCUCCCCGGUGAUGAACCAAUUGCAGGAGAUGUGCAUUUCGAUAACGAUGAGGCUUGGACCUUCCGGUCGUCAGAUCCCCAGAAGAUGGACCUGUUUGCAGUAGCUGUCCAUGAGUUUGGUCACGCCAUUGGACUGACCCAUUCUUCAGUCAACGAAUCCAUCAUGAGACCUUAUUACCAGGGGCCUGUGGGUGAUCCCCUCCAAUACCAUCUUCCUUACGAUGACCGGCUCCGGAUCUGGCAGAUUUACGGUGUCAGAGAGCUGCUGUUCCCCACCAGCCAAGUUCCACUGGAUAAUUCAUCCUGGAACCCAGUGUUGCCAGUACCUGCAGACUCAUGGCCGACUGUUCUGUCUCGACCAGAUGUUCCUGACAGAUGUAACACUAACUUUGAUGCUGUGGCUCAGAUCAGGGGAGAAGCUUUCUUCUUUAAAGGGAGGUAUUUCUGGCGGCUGACCCGGAACAGACAUUUGGUCUCCUUGCAACCAGCAGAGAUCCAACGGUUUUGGCGGGGGUUACCCAGCAACAUGGAAGGUGUGGACUCUGUCUAUGAGAGAACUGGAGACCAUAAAAUAGUAUUCUUCAAAGGGGAGCGGUACUGGGUGUUCAAAGAUAAUAAUGUCGAGGAGAGUUACCCACGCUUCAUCAGUGACUUUGACCUGUCGGUGAAGAGUAUUGAUGCAGCAUUUGUCUGUCCCCACGACGAUAAAACCUACUUCUUUAAGGACAACCAGUACUGGAGAUAUGACGACCACCUGCGGAGAAUGGACCCUGAUUACCCAAAGGACAUGGGUCAGUGGCAGGGGCUGCCCAGCCAACUCGACGAUGCCAUGAAGUGGUCUGAUGGAGCUGCCUACUUCUUUAAGGGGAAGGAUUACUGGAAAGUGACACACAGUAACAUGCAAGUGGACCCUGGGUAUCCGAAGUCUGUGGCCAGGGAUUGGCUGGUGUGCAGCGAGAUGCAGGCAGACUCAUCGAUAUCCGAGCACACCCGUUCCAGAGCCCGAACGGGCCGGGGUCAUCAUGAUGAAAGCCAGUCAGGAGAUGAGAAAAGGAAUUGCUCCUGUACAUCUAAGGCUGGGGUGCCUCGAGCCGCCAUUGCAUUGAGCUGGAAGGUGAAGCUGGCUGUUAGUUCUGUGGUGUUAGCCUGGCUGGCGUUGGAUUAAUGGAUUGCAUCAACUUCAACAGCAGCAGCGUCAUGAGGCAGCAUUGACUAUAUCGGAGUCAACCGUCACUGACUCACCAGGAGGAGGCUGGGUCAUUACCUGACCUCCACUUAACCAAAACAGAACGCUGUGCCAAGUCCAACUGGAACUUUUCACUCUGCGUGGAUUCACGGUGAAUCAGCAUUUUUUAAAAACAAAAUGAAGGAAUUUCAUGGA